AUGUCUUCAACAAAAAAUAUUACAACACAAACAAUUCCAAUUCACGCGGUGGAACGUUCUUCGACCGUGUGUUUAACGUCAAGUUGUCUCAAAAAAUCCGCUGAACAAAGUCAUUUUACUAUGUUAAAAGUCACCUGUAUACAAAAUAUUGAAUAUAAUGUUCAAUUACUUCCAACUAUGGGACAACUUAGUGAGAAAGACAUAAGGAGAAUGGAUGUAUUAUUGUCCAGAGGAAGACUUCUCGUCAAUAUAUCCUUUAAUCCUAAAAAUUGUAAAAAUCCGCAAUUCAGUCUUAAUACAAAUAAAGAAAACAUAAUAUUAAAACGUCUUUGUCAACCUGAGAUCUGGAGGCAAUUUGGAUUUUCGCAUAUAGAACCAGAGAAACAUAAACGUCGACAAUUUAAUAAGCAAUAUUGGCUUUACGCUGAUAAACAAUGUUCACCGUCAACAUCGUCGUCAUCAUCAAUCGUUAACGACUCAAUAAUUCAACAACCCUUUGGAACAUUAUCUCAUUUAACAUUUGUAUUAAAUUGGAUUACCACAUUAUUGCGUAAACGACUCGCGCGUAAACCAGAAGAAAUAUUAUCUUUAGAAAUAGUCGCGAUCGAUCUAGCAUUUCAUAGUUUGAUGACAAAUUCAUUGAGUAAUAGGUAUCCACUUGUGUUUUCUCCAAGUUUUCAUGACUAUAUUCCAAUUAUAUCAAAAUCUUUAACAAGAAUUAUUCAAAAUAGUCAAAAUGAAAAAUUUCAAUCGAAAAUGGCUAAUUUGAUACAAAAAACACAAGAACGUACAAAUUUAUCAUUUCGUCCGUAUAAUCGAAAUUAUUUUAAUACUGAAUUAAGGCAGGAAUUUAAUAGAAAUAUUCUUGUAAACGGAUUGUACUCUAUUGCAAGAGAAUCAUCUGACAUCAAUGUUCGAACCUCAUCUACAAUAUCAAAUCAAAGUGGUUCUUCAUCUUGUAUGGACAAUGAUUACUUAUUUGAUAAUUCUAGAAAAGAUGAAAAUUCACAAAUGGAAUGUGAUGUUGAAUCUACAUUUAGUAAUAAUGAAGAAGAAGACAAACACCAAGACCUGGAAGAAAAAUUUGUAAUUGGAUUAAAAUAUGAAAAGUUAUCUCAACAAGAUAGCUUUGAAAAUCAGACAAUAUUGACCUCACCUGAUAAUUCAGGAAAAUAA